GAAAAAACAACUCGUACAGUAGUGCAAACUAAUUAACAGUACAGGGAUGACCAGAGACUGCGGACAGUACAGGGAUGACCAGAGACUGCAGACACAGUACAGGGAUGACCAGAGACUGCAGACACAGUACAGGGAUGACCAGAGACUGCGGACACAGUACAGGGAUGACCAGAGACUGCGGACACAGUACAGGAGAUGACCAGAGACUGCGGACACAGUACAGGAGAUGACCAGAGACUGCGGACACAGUACAGGGAGAUGACCAGAGACUGCAGGACACAGUACAGGAGAUGACCAGAGACUGCGG